CACGGCUGAGCCCGCCGGGUCAGGGGACUCGAGCCCCGGUCACCGCCGGAGCGGGGCGGCGUCCCCUCCGCUGGCCCUGGCAGAGCCGCCUCUGGGGUACGGUGUCCAGUUCUGGGCUUCCCAGUACAAGAGAAAUAAGGAGCUACUGGGGAGAGUCCCGCGGAUGCCACAAAGAUGAUGACGGGCCCGGAGCAUCUCUCUUCAUGAGGAGAGACUGCGGGAGCUGGGCCUGUUCAGUCUGGAGGAGACUGUGAAGGGAUCUCAUGAAUGCAUAGAAAUACCUCAAAGGCGGAUGCCAAGAGGAUGGUGCCAGACACUUCUCAGUGGUGCUCAGUGACAGAAUGAAGAGUAAUGGCCAUAAACUAAAAGAUAAUAAGUUCCACCUCAGCUUGAGAAAGGACUUACUUACAUUGAGGGUGGCAGAGCACUGGAACAGGCUGCUCAGGGAACUCAUGGAAUCUCCCUCUCUGGAGACAUUCAAACCCCACCUGGUCAUGUUCCUGUGUCACCUGCUGCAGGUGACUCUGCCGUGGCAGGGAUUGGACUCAAUGCUCUCCAGAGAUUCCUUCUGCCCCUGACAAUUCCGCGAUCCGCGGGCUCCCGGCCCUUGCCCAGAGGGCGAGGCAGGAACGCUCCUGCGCGGGCUCUUCUUUCCGGGGGAAGCGGCGGGGCGGACGCGGUGCCGGCGGCCAUGGAGCGGCGGGAGCGGCGGGCGGUGGCCGUGGAGCGGCUGGACGGGGUGACGCGGGAGCGCUUCCUGCGGGACAUCUACCCGCGGAGAAAGCCAGUAGUGCUGACAGGACUGGAACUGGGCACUUGCACCACCAAAUGGACAAUAGAUUACUUGAGCCAAGCUGAAGGAUCUAAAGAAGUAAAGAUUCAUGUUUCUGCAGUGCCACAGAUGGAUUUCCUCAGUAAGAACUUUGUGUAUAGAACUCUGCCUUUUGAUGCAUUUGUACGAAGAGCAGCUGAAGUCAAGCACAAGGAGUACUUUCUUACUGAGGAUGAAAAGUACUAUUUGCGAUCAGUGGGUGACGAUGUUAGGAAGGAUAUUGCAGAUAUCAGGAAGCAGUUUCCUAUUUUAGCAGAAGAUGUUCGUAUUCCAGAGUAUUUUGAGAAGGAACAGUUUUUCUCUAGUGUCUUCCGCAUCAGCUCAGCUGGAUUACAGUUGUGGACACAUUAUGAUGUAAUGGACAACUUCUUGAUCCAAGUCACAGGGAGAAAACGAGUUGUUUUGUACAGUCCUCGAGAUGCACCAUAUUUAUAUUUAUCAGGUACUAAAUCUGAGGUGCUGGAUGUGGAUAACCCAGACAUGGAGAAAUAUCCCCUUUUUGUGAAAGCCAAGCGCUAUCAAUGUGUUUUGGAAGCAGGAGAUGUGUUAUUUAUUCCAGCUUUAUGGUUCCAUAAUGUAAUUUCUGAGGAAUUUGGAGUGGCACUGAAUGUCUUUUGGAAGCACCUUCCUGCUGAGUCUUAUGAUAAGACUGACACUUAUGGAAAUAAAGAUCCCAUGGCAGCCUCUAGAGCUAUACAGAUCUUGGACAGAGCCUUGAAAACACUUGAAGAACUACCUGAGGAAUAUAGGGAUUUUUAUGCUCGGAGAAUGGUGUUACGUAUCCAAGAAAAGGCCUAUAGGAAUGAUUAUGGAUAAAGUAACACACUGCAAUUCAGCAAGGUCCCUUGCAAGUAGAAAAUUGUAUGUUAGUAUGGAAACUGUUCAUCUGUACUUACACAUACACUUUCUGUGAGACCAAUAAAAACUGUCAAUAAACAUUCAUCUAU